GUCUGCAUAUUGGAGGAGUCGGUGGGCUUUGUUUUUAUUUUACAGGUGUACUUACUACCAGAGAAACUAUAGAGAGAAAAACCAAGCCAUUCUCUUCUUCAAAAACGCACCCUAUUCCUCCUUAUAUGCGUUGCUUUUGUUCUUGAAUCUCUUUCCUAUUCCAUAGCAGCUCUGAGAGAAUGUUCCAAUCCAAGAAGCCUACUAUGAAUGCACAUGAAAGGCCUAUGUGUGUUCAAGGUGACUCUGGGCUUGUCCUCACAACAGACCCAAAGCCUCGCCUUCGGUGGACUGUCGAGCUUCAUGAGCGAUUCGUCGAUGCUGUAACUCAGCUUGGAGGACCAGACAAGGCCACACCAAAAACCAUCAUGAGAGUUAUGGGUGUCAAGGGUCUUACUCUAUACCAUCUUAAGAGCCAUCUUCAGAAAUUCAGGCUUGGGAAGCAGCCACAUAAGGAUUUUAAUGAUCACUCAGUUAAGGAGGGUGAGAGAGGCUUAGAUCUUCAGCGAAAUGCUGCUUCAUCUUCCGGGAUGAUGGGUCGAAGCAUGAACGACAGGAAUGUUCAGAUAAGUGAUGCACUUAGGAUGCAAAUGGAAGUACAAAGGAGAUUGCAUGAACAACUGGAGGUACAAAGGCACCUCCAGUUAAGAAUUGAAGCACAAGGGAAGUAUAUGCAAUCCAUACUGGAGAAAGCUUUUCAAACACUAGCGGGUGAAACCAUGGGCUCAGGAAGUUACAAGGGUGUCAAUAAUCAAGGAGUUAUGGAAAUGGGUUCUAUGAAAGAUUUUGGUUCUUCAAUGAAUUUCCCUUCACUUCAAGACCUACACAUAUAUGGAGAGCAAGUCGAUCAUAUACAGCCACAUAUGGACAGAUCAUCUCUUGAAGGAUUCAUGCCUGCCAAGAGGCCUAGUUCUUAUAGUGGUAGUAGCAAAAAUCCUUUAAUGUGGUCUGAUGACCUUAGACUACAAGAAUUAGGAACAGCAGCAGCUUGUCUAGGCACUCAAGAAGAUGCAUUCAAGGGUGACCAUCUUCAAAUUGGUUCAGCCACUAUGGAGAGGAGUGCAGCAGAUAUGGAUUCCUUAUCAGAUGUUUAUGAAGCCAAGCCAAUCCUCUCUGGUGAUGGUGUUGGAGAUCAAAAAAAAUUUGAGGCUUCAUCAAAGCUUGAAAGACCGUCGCCGCGAAGAACAUCGCUUUCAGUGGAGAGAAUCAAUCCUAUGAUCAAAGGUGGUACCUUACCUCAAGGAAGAAAUUUGCCUAAUUAUGGUUGAACCUUAAUCCAUUUCGUAGUUGUAAUGAUCUUAAAGAGCUUCUAAGACCACCUUGAAGGCCUGAACCAUUAAUAUCUUUUUAUAAUCAGGAUAAAGAACAUUGGGUUCAGUUUUACUUAAAACUAUUUUUUUCAGUCAUUCUCUCGAUACUUCUUUUUAUCUCAAUGCUUAUGAUUUGCAAAUCUGUCUAGAAAGAAGCAAGGCAUGCAUCUUUGGUUUUAUUAUAUUUCAAUUUCUCCAUGUGGAUGAUCUUCUA